GCAAGCAAGGCACACCCGGAGCAAACCCGCCUCUCAUUUCUUGGAAUUCCAGCCUUACCAAAUGUUCAUCCGCUAGGGACUAUAUAAUCAUUUGAACGCGUUUAUAUCGUGAUUUCUGGUGACUUCUAUUUUGCGUACAAGUAAUUUCAAGGUGAUCACAGACGAUCGGAAAUUGGGCAUAGUUGUUUUAGCAUUUACUUAACGGUGUAUUAAAAUAUGUUUUGGCGCGAUUUUGCAAUGUGGAAGGAGACUUCGCAAUGUGGUAGUAUAUAGUUAAAUGCCCUCCCUACUUGCCACACCUACUGUAGAGCCGUAUUGCACAUGGUAGGUUGCCAUGCGUCGUAGAAUAUCAACGAUAGAAACCAUUUUUCUCCUUUUUUCGACCAUAGCAUUUGUUAACUUUUGUUCACUAGUAUCGUAGCAAACGAUAUCUAUCUAAGAUUUCUCCUGUCGUCGUCAUUAAGAUACUGCCAACAUGCUGCAGAGUUUCUCGCCCUCUCACGAUUGGUUUUCCGACUCGGAACCGCUGCUCUUUGACGAGGAGUUCUGCCAGAGUUUCAUGCAGUCGAUCCCCACGCCGCCACAGUCCCCGCCACUGAAGACGGAUUUAAGUAAAGCCUUGUCAAAGGAGGACCAGUUGGAGCUCGUGUCUGAACUUUUGCUUGAAGAUCAGGACUUUCAACUGAAUUGGAACUGUGAUUUUAUGCACGAGAAUGCGGUCGCUAUAAACAAAGACCAUCAUACUGAUGUGUCGGAUGACUGUUUGUGGCAUAUUGGAGAGAAGUCACUGGACAAGUUAUCUGUGCUCUCUACCAGCCCGCUGCUUUCCGACAUCGAUACCUCCAUUUUCGAAGAGAUUGCUGGCUCUACACUGGUAUGCCACGACGCGGCGCUGGAGAACAAGUGUUCCGAGAAAGAGGAUUUUUUAUUAGACAGCCAGGAACAAAACGAGUCGUCCUCGGAUUAUGGCUCUCUCUCUGCUGGAGGCGAAUCAUCAACCAGCGAUUCCGAGGAGGAGAUUGAUGUGGUGACGGUGAGGAGGUCCAGCACGCGUUCUCAUCACCGCGAGCAACAGGAGGAAAGCCGGCGAGAGCAGCUGAGGGCCCUCAAGCGUUGCCACUUGGAGAUCCAGCAGCAGCACAACUACGCUGCCCCUCGCCCCUCCUCCCCCAUUCGGACGGAGCCCCACGUUUCCGCCCACAAGCGGCCGCGCACGUCGGACUCCUCCCAGCGGCUGACCCUGUCUGGCCGCGGUGCUCGUGGACUCUCCUCGAGGCACAGCGCUGACAUAGAGGACGAGGAGGAGAGGCGGCGGACACACAACGUGAUGGAAAGGCAGCGGCGGAACGAGCUGAAGAAUUGCUUCCUGCGUCUGCGAGACCAUGUGCCUGAAUUGUCCAAUAACGACAAGGCCUCCAAAGUGGUCAUCUUGAAACGGGCCAGAGACAGUAUCAGGAACCUGGAGGUGGAGAACAAGAAACUAUACUCUAAGAUGGACAAACUGAGAGACCGGCAAGAUUGGCUCAAAUCCAGACUGGAGCAGUUAAGGGGAAUAUGAGUCUUGCUGUGGUCAUUUCUGUCGGACUUGUCAUGGACCAGUUUGCGUCGAUGCUACGCACAAAUAAAGCAAAGUAUCCCUGCUGACUGUUCAACAACUAAAUAUUUCUUAAGAGACAUUGAAUUUGUUGAAUUUGAAGUGUAUGUGCAUGUUGAGCACAGGAAUAUUUCUCAUUUAUUUUGCUUUUGCCAAAUUCUUGUACAGUCUUAAAUUUGUUUUUACUGUGCAUAACCCUAAUCAGUUGCCAGUUUAACAGCGAUUCCUUCAAGUGCUUGAAAUAUGGUGACCUUUUGGUGGUCUUUAACAUUCCCCCAGUUAUUACAGUAACAUUUUAAAAUGUAUAUUUCCUUUGGGCUGGCUCCAAUGCUUCUAUGAUCAUGAAGGGGGUUAAUGUAACUUUUACCAAUUCAGUAACUUGAUAGACAUGACCUGGUUUGUGUUAACUGAUAUUGAUUUGUAUGUAUAUAGAAACUCAAGUAUGCUAUUUUUUCAUCUUGUGUUAAUAUGAUAAUGGUUUAUCUACCUCUACUAGGACAGACCUGGGAAGCCUUUUUUGGCAACUGUAAAUAUUUGUUUCAUUUUUGUAAAUGUAUGUUUUUGUUUAUGUGUAAAUUAUUUAGUGUUUUUUUCUUUGUUCAUUUGAAGUAAAAGUUCUGUUCUUUUACAGCACUUUGUUUUAUUUUAUAGUAUAAUAAAGAAUGAACAAGAA